AUGGCCGCACCACAGUACACCUCAUAUCCGUCGCGCAUCCGAUUGGGUACGACGUCGUUGAUCACACCAGCAGUCCAGCAAACCAGAGAGACCAGAGUAGGUACUGGUGGUACCACGUCGCGAUCCGGAAGAACCCUCACGACCGUCAAUUACGCCGAGCGCGACGAUGAUUACGAAACCUCAGAUAACAACUCAAACAACGCAAAUAACGCACAAGCACAACGCGGACAAGCAGCCGCAGCAUACGCAGAUAACGUUGACUAUCGAGGGUUUGUAGCCGGCCCACCGUCGGACACUCUGGUGCAGAAGAAGCAGAAUUUACGGACACGGCAUCCGCAGAGAACAGAUGAGCAGGUGCGUGGUGCUGCAGAUGAGGGCGGUGACGAGGUUUUAAUCCCUAUCCGACUGGAUCUGAAUCUGGGGGAGUUCAAGUUCAAGGAUACGUUUAUGUGGAACAUGAAUGAGGAACUGAUAUCACCCGAUGCUUUUGCGAUGAUUCUUUGCGCCGACCUCUCUAUCCCUCCAGCUAUCUUUGCCUCCCAAAUCUCCACGCAAAUUCGCACACAAAUCGAAGAAUACGCGCCUCUUGCAUCAAUAAAUCUUCCUCCAGAAGCCGACCUGCGCGCUAUUGUCGACAUCUCACUUCAUCUUUCGAGGCAUCUGUUCACCGAUAAGUUCGAGUGGGAUCUAACAGGAGAUGGAGAUGUAUACGGAUGGACGAAGAGGAUUUGUGAGGACCUUGGCGUGACUGGAGAGUGGGUUGGUGCUAUCUGUCAUGCUGUACACGAACAACUCUUGCAACUCAAGAAAACGGCAUGUGAAGGAGGUCUGCCAGCAGAGGUCGACAACGACGCACCUUAUGGUGCAGAAGCCGGUGUACGUGUGGAUCAGGACGGUCUUGGUGCACUAUGGGCACCCAAAGUCGAAGUCCUGUCAAGAGAAGAAGUCGAAAAACGCGACGGAGACCGCGAUCGAGUCGUACGGCGAAAUCGCCGCGAAGCAGCCCGGUUCGGUUCCGGUGCACCACCUCCAGUACAAUCCGAACGUCGUCGCGGUGCACGAGAAAGAACCCAACGUUCACCAUCACCCACGGGUCGUACGCCUGGACCUGGGGCGAAUGGCGCUGUUAUUCUGACGGAUAUGGAGCGUUUGAGGUGGCGGUGUGAACAUUGUGGAAUUGGAGGAACGGGGACUUGGGCGGCGAGGAAGGGACCUAGUGGAGCGAAGAGUUUGUGUAAUAGCUGUGGGUUGUUUUGGGCGAAGGAGCAUAAGCUACCGAUGUGGCGGCAGGGAAUGUUUUCAGGGGAGUAUCGAUAG